UCGUUGUUUGAAAGCAUAAGACUAUAAAAUUCAUUUGUAAUCUCUGGUCUUGCUUUACGGUGAUAAAAUUUAUGACUGAUAAGAUGAUGCGCCUGGUCAUCUGAUUCCGAAUAGAUUUUCUAUGAGUUGGCAGCUCAAUUUAAAUAGCUAAUGAACAGUCAGAAAUAUGUGGGACGAGCCCAUAUGCGAAAAUUUAUCCGAGAGUGAAAGCAAAGUGAAAUGAGGUGAUGUGAGAGCAAACGAGUGGAUUCGUACCAACUACUUCAGUUGCUGGGAUGGCGGAAAUGCCUCUGACCAUGACCCAGUUGGUAGAAAUAUUGUAGCACCACUACCUUAGAAACUACUCUCUAAGGGACCCAUACAAAAGCCUGUAUGAAGCAACUUGAUAUCAGAGAUCACAGACACUGUUAAUGUGUAUUUUAGCAUCACAAUAAUACAAGCAUUUUUGUUUUUUUAUUGGGCUCAUAAGAAUUUUGGGUAGGUUGAUAAGACUGUAUCGUGCAUUUCUACUAGUAUGAUGCCAAGAAGCUUAAAGAAAUAUGUUGGGCUAAAGGCUUUGUCUUUGCCAAUACAAACAAAUUUUUAAGGAAAAUAUUAAACCCAAAUUAUUGAGAUGUGGGCGUAGCUUUUUGAAAGUUAUGAUUGAUGCACUUGAUUUAAAAUCUUGAUUGCCCCAUGAAACUGAUUCUGAGAAUGGACAAUGCAGUUUACGAGGAAUCAAAAUAACUUUGGUUGGGAAAACAAAGUGGUGAACCGAGCACACAAGUGCAAGGCAGGGCAAGCAGGGCUGCAUGCCUAUCAGCUUAAAAUGUGGGGUGGCACUGGUGUCUAUACUAUACUUGGUGUUGCUUCCUUCAUUCUUUUUUUGUACAGUUCCUUCGGGGAUGUCUUCCACAUGCUCAGGUUUACACAGCCCAGCAUGAGCUUUGUUCAAAGGAACGGAUCUCAGUUUAUGGUGGAUGGCAGGCCCCUGUAUGUGAACGGAUGGAAUUCAUAUUGGCUCAUGACCGACAGUGUUGAUUAUUCCACAAGGCCCAGAGUUAGGGCCAUGCUUAGAGCAGGUGCACAAAUGGGUCUCACUGUGUGUAGAACAUGGGCUUUCAAUGAUGGAGGGUAUAAUGCUCUUCAGCUAUACCCAGGAAAGUUUGAUGAGAGUGUUUUUAAGGCAUUGGACUAUGUAAUUGUAGAAGCAAGGCGCCAUGGAGUAAGAAUAAUUUUCAGCCUUGUUAAUAAUCUGAAUGCCUAUGGUGGAAAGGGCCAGUAUGUUCAAUGGGCUCGUGAUGCUGGAGUGGAUGUUGGUUUCUCGAAUGAUUCUUUCUUCUCUGAUCCUACAAUUCGAGACUACUACAAGAACUAUGUUAAGGUAAUGAUACUGUUUUGGACUUUUUUUUUAUGA